CAGGAUGUUGCGCAUGCGCAGGGGGCGUGGACUAGGCCGGUUGCCAUGAGAGCAGUGGCCCUGGCGAUGGCGCCGGAGUGAACUCAACUGUGCAGAAUGCCACACAAAAUUGGAUUUGUAGUUAUCAGUUCAUCAGGACAUGAAGAUGGCUUCAGUGCAAAAGAACUGAUGGUUCAUGCACCAACAGUCAAUGGAUGGAGAUCACCAAGACUCUGCCAGUAUCCGCAAGAAAUCGUCCUUCAGAUGGUGGAGAGAUGUCGAGUUCGAAAGCUGCAAUUACUCGCUCACCAGUAUAUGAUUUCAAGCAAAAUUGAGUUCUACAUUAGUGAAAAUCUGCCUGAGUACUUUGCACCAUAUCAGUCAGAGAGGUUUCGCAGACUGGGUUAUGUCUCUCUCUCAGACAAUGAGAAGACUGGGUACAAAGCACGGGAGCUGAAGUCAGUCUACGUGGAUGCAGUAGGACAGUAUCUAAAACUCACUUUCCAUAAAAAUUACAUCAAUAGAUACAACUUAUACAGUCAGGUUGCUCUGGUAGCAAUAAAUAUAAUUGGGGAACCUGCAGACUACAGCAAUGACAGCAAUAACCCUUCAAGAGAGAAGCUGAUUGACCAUUACCUUGGGAACAAUCUAGAUGACCUAACCUUAGAUGGAACAUACCUUCGAAAACCUGACUCUAUUUCACCACUGGAUGAUUUGGCUUUUGAUAUGUACCAGGAUCCGGAAGUUGCUCAGAUAAUUCGUAAACUGGAUGAGAAAAAGCAUGAAGCUGUCCGUCAUGAACGUUAUGACUAUGCCAAGAAACUCAAACAAGCUAUUGCUGAUUUGCAAAAGGUUGGGGAACGACUCGGGCGGUAUGAGGUAGAAAAGCGCUGUGCUGUAGAGAAGGAAGAUUAUGAUCUUGCUAAACAGAAGAAACAGCAGAUGGAAGAGUACCGCCUGAAGGUGUAUCAGCAACUGGAGCUGCACAACCUUCUGGAUCCAGAGCUGAUGAUCCGAAGACCUCCUGAAUUUCCCCUUGAGCCUAUGGUUUAUUCAGUUAGCCCUCGGCAAAAGAAACCCAUGCAGUCACCCCAGCAUGAAAAAACAGAAGCACAGAAGACUGAGCCUUUGCCACAAGAAAAGCCACCUGAGACAACUUCUCCUGAGCCCAUUGUCCCUGACCACUCCGUUUCUCAUGUAGCCCAGCCACCAGCCUCUGUAGAGAGUUUUCCAAAGAUAAAUGUUGAAUUUUUGCCUUACGAUGAGAGACCUCUUCCAGCUAUUCGUAAGCAGCAUGAGGAUGGAUUUGCCUACCUUGAGCCAGAGAUGAAUGAAGAAGAUAUCAGUGAUACUCCAAGAAGUGGCAUCACUGGGGAGCCAGAACCAUUAACUGAGAAAGCACUGAGGGAGGCCAGCCCUGCCACUGAAGUUUUCGGAGAGGCCUUGGUUGCAGGAGCAUAUUCCAAGACUUGGUCGUAUCGAGAAGAUGCAUUGCUUGCUAUAUAUAAAAAGCUGAUGGAAAUCUCUGCCAGCACAUCUAAGGAUGAUUUAAAGAAUAUGCUUAGAGCUGCUGUCUUUCUUAUAAGAAGAGCCAUAAAAGACAUAGUGUCUUCAGUUUUCCAAGCUUCCCUGAAACUUUUGAAAAUGAUCAUCACUCAGUAUAUACCAAAGCAUAAACUAGGUAAACUGGAAACAGCUCAUUGUGUGGAAAGAACGCUUCCAAAUCUGCUUUCUAGAACAGGAGACUCCUCAACCCGUCUUCGUAUUGUGGCUGCCAACUUUAUUCAGGAAAUGGCACUGUGUAAUGAAGUUAAACCUCUUCAAAUCAUUCCGGUUCAUCUGGUCCAGCCACUGAAACCAAAUUCCCCUACUCAUCUGGCAAUGAGUCAGGUGGACUUGGUGGAACGCCUGUUGAAAGACCUGGGAACAGAAAACUCUGGGUUUACCAUUGACAACGUCAUGAGGUUUGCGACAGGGGCGUUGGAGCACAGAGUAUAUGAGGUACGCGAUACAGCAUUACGGAUUAUCUUCGACAUGUACAGGCAGCACCAGGCCAUUAUACUGGAUUAUCUUCCUCCAGAUGAUGCCAACACACGCAAGAAUGUUCUCUAUAAAACACUCUUUGAUGGAUUUACUAAAAUAGAUGGUAGACUUACUGAGGCUGAGCUUAGGGCACAGAAAAAAGCAGCCACAGAAGAAGCAGAAAAACAGAAGAAAGAGGAGAUUAAGGUCCUGCAAGGGCAGCUAGCAGCACUGAAGGAGAUCCAGGCAGAAGUUCAGGCUGGAAAGGAGAAAGAAAAUGAUUAUCAAAAACUAAAGACUCAAGAUGAGCAGGGAAAGAAAGUCACCCUACCUGCGGCAACAGAGAUUCCAGAUGAUCAUUCCUCGGUUGCAAAUUAUUUAGAUAACCUAUGCAUUUUUUGCGGUGAAAGGGAUGAAUCCUUCACAGAGGAAGGUUUGGAUCUCCAUUACUGGAAACAUUGCCCUAUGUUGACAAGAUGUGAGCACUGCAAACAGGUGGUGGAGAUAGCAAGCCUGACAGAGCACUUGCUGACUGAGUGUGAUAAAAAAGAUGGCUUUGGGAAAUGUCAGCGCUGUAGUGAGGCCAUUCUAAAAGAGGAACUGCCCAAACAUGUGAAGGGCAAGACUUGCAAUCCUGCAAAACCAGAAAAGGUGGCAAACCGCUGUCCAUUGUGCCAUGAAAACUUCGCCCCAGGAGAGGAGGCCUGGAAAUCUCACCUAAUGGGCAAAGAUGGCUGUCAAAUGAAUCUGCGGAGGGUGCCUACGCUAAAUAAAACUCUGCUGAUGCAGCCUGGAAAAGCAGCAGGAUUAACCAUAACCAAAUCAGGUCCUACAGCAACAAAGGUUCGAUCCCCCUCUGUAGGAAGCAAGAUCCCUGCCCCAAAAGGGGGCCUGAAUAAAAGCACUGGCAGAACAUAUGCAAAGCGAUGACAUGAGAAGUACUCGUUUCCUUUGUCUCCAUAACUGAGCAAGUUUUAUGUAAUGCACAACAUUUCCAAGAUUUGUUUGCAAGUGAUAGGAGCCCCACAUCAUCCAUUUCACCUGAACUACAUGCUGCUGUUUAUCAACCACAAAUAGUGUUUGACUGCUUCAUUUACCCAAUAGUUAAAGCUUAUAUAUUGGUUCUCUCUGUGUAGUGUUGUGUAUAAUUAUCCCAAGAAUCUGAAUCUCACUGUUAGUCAUCUGCAGUCUUUUAGGGACAAAGCCUCUGGCCUGCUACACUCCUUUUGCACUUCCUCAGUAGCACAGAGGGAGCAGAAAGCAGCUGAACCUUCCUUGGUGAGGAUUCUCUCAGCAUGGGGGAGUAUAGAUCCGGCAUAGCCAGAUCCUGAGCUACCCACUGCAGCAGCAACCAAUGUAGAGAUCCUGGCCAAAAUAUAGCAUGCUUCAGCUGUCCCUGGUCAGUGUAUGAUCCCAUGGGACGAGGGCGGUAGCCAGUGUAAACAAGAGCAUCCUUGAUGCUAGGACAAGUAAGGAACUGGCCUCAGGGUCAGGAAGCCACAACUGUCUCUCUUUUGGCCCUUCCUCGGGGCAUAGCUGAGACUCUGAGUCCAACUAAAUCAGGUUUUCAGAACAAAGCUUUGAGGUAUCUGUUCCUUUGAACCAAAGCUAAUGUUCACUGACAAAUAUUCCCAAACUGUUUAGAGAAUGCAAUCAUUGUAUCAUGUGACUUUAUCACUUUAAUGAAGUCACUAUAAAAUUUGUUGGUAACUGUUCUCUGUCAAAACUUGCUUGGGUGUGUGACACAGUAAAAUGAAUAGUGUCACUACAUAUCUGAUUGAGGGGGGGAAGUGCUAGUUGUACCGAAAUAGAACUACAAUAAGACUAUAGUAUCAUUUACCCACAGUAUGGGUCGACUAGGUGUAUUUCUGCACCAGUCCAGCAAAUCAAAACCAAUCUACAGAGAAAUUACCAUAUUUAGGCUUUGAAACACAUCACUGAAUAUUAGAAACACAAUAGCUGUAUUGCGAUCACAGUAGCUUUGCUGUCAUUAAGUUUGUCAUCGGAGUCCCACAACCCAACUGUUCUAACAUACAGCUAACAAAAAUUAAAGUAGAAAGUAAGUCUUGAGCAGCUAAAAAUAUUCCUUUAUGAGACACUUUGAAAUUCUCUAGCUGGCCAAUGUUCCGUAGUCACAGAAUGAUGUGGGUAAACAAUAUGCUCUUUCUAGAAAAACUUUAACUGUUCUUACAUUCCUUUGGGUUGGCUGUCUUACCUCCAGAUCCAAGUUUGAUAUGAUCAGUAUAAUGAAUAUUUCAGGUAGCAGCUUGUAUAUUAUAUAAUAACUAUGUAUACUUAUAAAAAUAUGCCUGUCUAUACAGAGUACCUGUUAGACAUUUAUAGCAAGGGCUUAAGCAUAAAUUAUUCUGUCAGUUAAAGUCACAUUUAAAAAAGCAGAUUGUACUUCCAAAACAAUUAUUUCAUAAAUAUGAUUAGAUGGACUCUUGUGAACAGAUACACACCUGGAGCAGUGAACUUGUGAAAUAUCAGUUUCCCUAAAAUAAAACUCUACUAGAGCUGUUUAAUUCAGAAAUAACAUUGCAGAGUCACCAGCGCAGGCCAGGAACAUAUUUUGAAUCCUGCAAGACCCAACCUGUAGUUUCUCUCUACCCAUAAGGUGCCCAGUUUAUAAGCAGGACAAGAAACUGAAAAGUUUUUGUCAACUGCCUUGUUCUCUAUUAUCCACCCUAACAUCUUGUAAAGCAAAAUAUCAUCCCGUUCUCUGGAGACUGUAAUUCUCCAUUAUGCCACAUACUAACAUGAUUUGAUAGUAAUUCAGCAACAACCAUUGACUGUGGGUACCAUCUAUAUGUCUACAGCAAUCCCAUCUGUUCAGGGGUUUCUAAUCAUUCUGGGAGACAGAUUGUUGGCUGAGGGGAAAAAUUUUGUUUUAGCAAAAGUGGAUGAAAUAAUUUUGGUCAUUUAACUUACAGAACUGCAAAAAGCUAGUCAUUUCUUCUGUAUGCUUUAGCUCAAAACUGCCAUGUUUCUAAACUGAGAUUGUGCAUAGUAUUUUUUCUAUAACAAUGAUUUAUUCUUCAUUUAGGACCAAAUUCAACUCCCAGUGAAGUUUAGUGGAAAGAUUCCGAUUGACUUCAGUGAGUUUUGGAUCAGCCCUUAUAACAAUACAUGUCUGUGAGUAAAAGCUACCAGGAAGUGUAGCUUUGAAAAAUGGUUUCUCUCGAAGGAGAGAAGUUACUGUUCAAAGGCUUUUACUACACUUUUCAGUGGGUUUUACGACAUGCAUUUGCUGUGCACAGUUAGUGCAGUACAUAUUCCAAAAUGUUUCUCCAAUAGACAAUACAAGUUCCCAAUAAAUUAAUUUUUUUUUUAGUCACCAAAGUGCUAGAAAAGUUGCUGUUUAAAUGGCCUCUUUGACAACCACAUAGUCUCCAUCGAUGAUUUCCCCACCCUAUUUGCUCAGACACCGUAAUGCUUUCUGAACUGCAGACAAGAGACUAGCCUAUUCAUCAAAAUGCAUGGUGAAAUCCUGGCCCUGUUGAAUUCGAUAGAAGUCUUGCUAUUGACUUCAGUGGGGCUGGACUUUCACCCGCAGUCUAACUUACUCUACAGCUAUGUGUUUGUGAGCAGCUGUUUGAAGUGUUACCCGUCUAUUUAUUAUUUAACUUGCUGCACUUCUACAUCACUUUCCACCCCCAGAGCUGAAUACAAUUGUUGCUCCAUUGCCUAGUAGUCUGUGGGGAUGGCAAAAGUUUCCUUUAGAUAGAAUUGUUUGAUUUCAUAAGAGUGGGCUAAUAGAAACCUGCUACCAAUAAAGGCUAUAGAGUGGGAGGGGGAAAUGUCUGUUACAGGAGAAAAUACUUCUUGAUUAGAAGGGAACAGUUUGCAUAACCACAGGAAUUUGCAGCUUAUUAAAUUGUUAAUAACAAUACUAGUGUAAAUGCAUAGUAAAAUGUUGAACUGUAUGCCCUCCCUUAUGUGUGUGGACAAGCACCUUCCUUAGGUAUUAGUAGGAGCACUGACCGUAUGAGAAGGAAAAUGUGGUAUACCUCGUAGGUUCUGUCUCUCUCUAGGAAAUUUGUGAUCCAUAAUUUGCCACCCAUGUAGCUCCACUGCUGGGAGCAAUAGGGGAGGCGUAUAGUCUUGAGACUGAUUUCCCCUCUGUAACUCAGCCCACCAAAAUGAUCCUUGGAGACGCGAACAAAAGCCGUGUAUACUGAGAGGAAAGACCCGGUACCUUUAGUGAAAUUUGGCCUUCCCUUCUGCUUAAUCAUAAGUCUAGACUUUUCAAGGAGGAGUGCUGCCCAAAUCCUAGUUAAUGCCAAGACUCAGCUCCAAAUAGAAUCCCAGAGGUUGGCUGAAUAUUGCCUUAAAAAUGGGGAAGGGUUUUAGGAACUGUAAUUACUAAAAAGUAAAAAUCCAUUUAAAAAAAAAUAUAUUUUAAAGCUUUAGCUCCAGUGACCUUCUCCCUUGGUUAUUUUCAGUGCCCUAAUUUCAUAAUAACAGUUUCUCUCAUUAGCUUUUUAGUAAAAUAAACAUUCAUAAAUCGACAUUCCACUGUGCAGUUCUGCUUUAAACAGAACACUGAGUUCUGAGGUGUAGUGUGUUAAAAUUCAUGUACACCCUGGAACAGCACUUAAAACACCUUUUAUUCAUUGUAAAUUUCAGGAUAUUUCCUUCCAAGAUAAAAUUAAUUGUUCUGCACCACUGUCCACAGCAGGAUCCAGAAAUAUGGGAUUAUAGUAAUCUGAAAGCAAUAUUUUUUCUUUUGCCACAUUGAUACGAAUUUGCUGUAUUUAUUGUAUUUUGUAUAUACUAUAUUUGUAGUGUACAGUUUUUAAUAGAGCUUGUUUGUGUGCUCCGUGCAUGUCUAUGAAUUUUAUAAGCACAUUGCAGCACUUGCAUUUGAAAUGCUGUUGUAUGUAACCUUUAAACACUCCUUCACAUAUUUGUUAGAAAUUAAACGGUCUCUCCAUUUUAGAACCUGAUCCUGUAGUCCAUUAUGCAGGCAAAAGUCCUGUUGACUUUGCUCAGAGUUUAGCCUGUGUAGUGACUGCAGGGUCAGUUGAUAAGAUCCCAGAGUACAGCUUACCUUUGAAUGGUCCAAACCUGUAAUCUUUUAUACCUGGAAUUCAAUGGAUCUACUCCUGUCUGGAAAGGUUUUCAUGCGUGUAAAUGUUUGCUGGAUUGGGCCCUCCUGGGGUGCACUGCAUUGGUAAAUGUGACCCUUCUCAGAGUGUGGUGUCUUAUGAAUCAGAUGAUUAACAGUUAAAACAAAGGCAUUUAGUUAAAUCCUUCACAUAACUGAAGCAGCAAAUAUGCUCGCUGUCUCUUAAUUUGUGUAGGGGGCUGCCCAGAAAACAGGGCCAGGGGUAGACUUUUAUAACUACGUCGUCUAUAGGUUAAGCCCCAGGAAUUGGAAUAAAGGCCAUAUUCUAUUCAUAUUCUGCUGUUACUCACCAUUUUGAAUAGCUGAUAAAUUUGGGGCUGAACCUGGCAUUGUUUUCAGGAAUUCAGUAUUGCUUCUUUCUGACAUCUCCAAUCCUUUCCUUGGCUCGGACUCGCUCAUCUCAAAGGUGUUCGAAAGUUGUGAUGCUUAGGUCACUUGUCUAAAAUGUGCAUCUUCCCAUUUCAUGUGUCAGCACCUCACAGCAGGUGUAUGAACUGCUUUCCUACUAUCUUAAGCUACUUUCUAAUGUUUAACUAGGCUCCUCGUCUGUGCAAUAACUGCACAGGUUCCUUAAGUUCUACUAGUCAGUGCUAAAUGCUUUCGGAUUUAUACUUGCUAAUACAAAGACCCAAGGCAAACUUCAGCACUUUUGAACAUUAUUGGGACUGGGGACAUUACUUACUGGAUUUGAAUUCCAUAAAUAAAAUACAGAAAGGUUCAGAGAGACGCAACAAAUAUGAUCCAGGGUGUGGAACGGCUUCCCUACACAGAGGGACGUAAGUGCUGCUCAGCUUAGAAAAGAGGUCACUAAGGGAGGCGGGAUAGAAUAGAGGUCUACAAAAUCAUGAGUGGUGUGGAAAAAGUGAAUAGAGAAGUGUUAUUUACUCUUUCACACAAUACAAAAAUCAGGGUCACCUGAUGAAAUUAACAGGCAGCAGGUUUAAUACAAAUAAGAGGAAGUAUUUCUUCACACAAAGCACAACUAGCCUGUGAAACUGAUUGCCAUGGAAUGUUGUGAUGGCCAAAAAUAAACUCCGUUAAAAAAAGAACUAAAUAAGUUCAUGGAGAAUAGAUGGACCAAUGGCUAUUAGCCAAGAUAGUCAGGAAUGCAACCACAUGGUUGGGCAACUCGAAAUCUCUGACUGCCAGAAGCCAGGAGGGGAAGACCAGUGGAUCGCUUCCCCUGAAGCUCCGGUACCGGCCACUGUCAAAGACAGGAAACAUGGCUAGAUGGACCAUUGGUCUGACCUAGUAACGCCAUUCUUACAUUAUUUUGAUAGCUUUUUUUUAAAUGUUGCACAUGUUAUGUAAAGGAGAAUGGUACUCAUUU